AUGGGGCCCCCGGGCAAUAGGGGAUCAUGGGGCCCCUGUGUCCUCGCCCAAACUCAAAAAAGUCUAUGAAAAAGGUACCAGGGGCAUCUCAUGGGGCCCCCUACUGACCCCGGGCCCUCGGUCAGUGCUCGAGUUUCCACAUGUCGCCAUCCUGGGAGCGUGCACAGAGGUCUCGGCCAGGGGUGGACUGACAACUCAUGGGGCCCCUGGGCAAUAGGGGAUCAUGGGGCCCCUGUGUCCUCGCCCACACUCAAAUCACACCCAAACAAGCCUAUGAAAGGUACCAGGGACAUCUCAUGGGGCCCCCUACUGACCCCGGGCCCUCGGGCAGUGCCAGAGUUCCCCAAUGGUCAGUCCGCCCCU